GCGCCCCCGGGGGUCCUUCGCUGCGCCCUCGGGGACCGCGGCCGUGUGCGAGGCCGGGCUGCGCCCUACUUUGUGGCCCAACUCGCCGCAGGCCCCAGCGCGCUGCCCGGGCCGUGCAGGCGAGGAUGGUUGCGGGGCGCCGUCACCUCCCGCCGCCUGCAGCAGCGACGGUGGCCCCCAGCCGGGACGCGCGCCCACGACGACGACCCGCACCGGCUCCUGCAACAGCUGGUGCUCUCGGGGAACCUCAUCAAGGAGGCCGUGCGGAGGCUCCAGAGAGCGGUCGCCGCGGUCGCAGCUACAGGCCCCGGGGGCGCCUCCGGGACUGGGGGCGGCCGCGGCGGACCGGAUCCCGUGGUCCUGCAGCCCUCGGGCGCCUUGCACUGACCCGGGGCCCCAGAGGAGGAAGAGGAGGCCGCUGUGCAGUCCCGUCAGCGUCCUGCCCUCACCAGCCCUGAGCUGAAGCCGCCGUCGCCGUUCCGGGAGCGAGCGCCUGGCAGCAGGGAGGAGUGGGGGAGACCUCAAGCCGAGAAGUUACUGCCCCAGCGAGGGUCGGAGAAAACUUGAACGUGGAGAAAUGCACGGGCCAGGAAACGUCCGUGCCCCGUGAGAAUUUCCCCGGCCACCUUGGGGCCAAGGACCUGGGAUAAACUGGGAGAACUAUGGCAGCUACUUUUAUGGACUUGUACCUGACUUAACCCUUGGGGGCGUCGUGUGUUUGGAUUGUUUAAAGAUAGGGCCCCAAGGGGCGGGAAUCGUGAGGGCUUUAUAACAAUACUUGAAAACUCAAUGACACGAAUACAUUUUCUUUAUUUUCCGGUGGAAGAGCUUAGUGAAAAUGGUGCUACAAUUGCUGUGCAAAGAAAUUCCGGAGGGAAGAAGAAUGUAAAAGCUUGGUGGUGGGUGGUUGCCUUCGCCCCCUUUCUCCCACCGAAUUGGCGGCUGGUGGAGGUGGGAGAUGUGAACUCCAGUUAGGGGGUGGGAGGGAGGUGGAGAAUUUUGAAGUGGGUAGAGCUGUAGUUGAAUUUGAACUCUUAAAUGACUUGACCUUGCCACCUGUGGUCAAGGUCACGGUUUCCUGUAGGUGGAAGGCUGUGGGGGUUCCUGGGAGGGCUAACUCACCCCCAUGUCCUUUCUCUUGUUACAAAAAGAGCCCAGUCUGUGCUUUCCUACCUUUGGGUGUCUCCCUAGGAGACAGGGGGGAGAGGGACGUGUGGGGAGAGUUGUUUUUUUUCUGUGCUUUCCUCUUUCCAGAACUCCUCCUCCUCCCAUGAGGCCACUCUUGGCCAUGCCAUGUGCUUUCUCAGAAACAGUCAUAAACAAACUCUUGAAUCUCCGGUCCUCCCAUUCCGCCUUUCUCAAUCCACCCGUUCUGGUUCCUGCAGGGGCGGCUGAGACCCUGGCUGUUUUCUGCUCUGUCCUGGCUCCUCUGUGGAUCUGUGGGCCUGAGCCUCCGUGGGUCCUUACCCCUCACAGUGACCUCCUACCACCAACUCUUCUUUGUGAGUGACUGAAACCGUUUUUAAAAUGUGAUUCUCCGAGAGGAGAAACCGCUGGCUUUACCCUUGUAAAACUUGAUGGCGCUUUAAGUAAGGUGCCACCGCCAGACUUUAAGGUAGCUAAACCCAUUUUUUUAAAAAAGAUUCAAUGGCUUGUUCAUCCUCCAGAUGUAGCUAUUGACGUACACUUCGCACCGGAGUGUCUGAAAUUGUGGUGGUCCUGAUUUAUAGGAUUUCUUAAUUAAAAUGUCUGCUGAAUACA